AAUCUAAAAGAGGUCGGCACAGAAUUGACCUUGGGUCUUUGAUGAAUGGCAUAUUCCCGGCGACUACUCUUGUUCGAUCGAAAAGAAGUCGAUUUACUGGACGGCGAAAGUCAGUUCUCUAAGUUGCAAGUAAGCUUUCUUUUGCUUUUAUUAUCUAAGUAAACAAAUACAGUCCAGUUGGAUUUGUCUCGCUAAAUUCACAUUAUUUUUUUUAAUGACUGGAUCAGUUUAUUUCGUUUCUCAAGUUAAGAAAGUAUAAAAUUGGCUUGCAUUCCAACACUUGUAUUCCAAUAACUCAUUGGGUUAUGGUAAUGGGGUGAAUCAUAAGCAUCGUAGAUCCAGUAACUUGUGCAUUGUUAUUGAACUGCAUGUUUUUUAUUUUCCUUAAAAUUUAGGGACCCUACCUAACAACAAACGAUUGGAAGAUUUCAGGAUACGACGAAAACUGUUAACACCAACUGCACAACAUAUGGUCGUGGUCACAUAUGGUUUGGGGAUUCUUAUGGCUUUGCAUGCCGUGUAGAUCGGGGCUUACACAUAACUUCAUUCCAAGCUCACGACAGCUGUGUUCACCUAAUGUAUCAAAUGAAGGAGCAUGAUUUGCUCAUAACUAUUGGUGAAGACAAAACAAAGGAGAUCAAUUUAAAAGUAUGGAACCUUACAAAAUGGACAAACAAAAUGACACCAUUUUGUUGUCGAGUUACAUCGGUAACUCCCUCUGGGCUUCCCCUUGCUUACGUUACUUGUUUGGCUAUAGACGAAGGUCUUCAUUAUAUGGUUUUGGGUCAUGUGAAUGGUAUAGUUCAGUUAUUUAAAGGAGAUAUCACUCGUGAAAGGCAGUGUAAACGUUCUAUUCUCUAUGAAUUUCUAUGUCCUGUCACUGGGUUAGGUUUAUACGUCCCGAAUCAUCAUUAUCAUCAGCGAAAUAAACAACAAAAUUAUGCGGAUAGUGAUCUUUCAAAUAUUAAUCAAUGUUUCGAUCCUAUUGUUUUUGCAGCUUCAGAGCAAAGUUUGAUGAGUUUCGUACUUGGUCAAAGAGAGAAAAUUAAAUAUAAGACUGUUCUGGACCGGUUUGGAGUACGACCUCACUGUACAACUAUGAUAUUUACUGAUGAUAUUACUGGAGCCAGUCCUCAGUUUGCUGUGGCAUGUUCAGAUGCUGUAUACUUCUACAAUUGGGAUGGUAGGGGACCUUGUUUAGCUACAGAUGGCGAAAAAAUUGCUUUAGAAACAUACAAAAAUUAUUUGAUUAUACUGAAAAAUACCGGAGAAUCACUAGUUAAUUCAUACAAUCCAUUUCUAAACUUGUCAUAUAAAAAUAAAGAUACAAAGAAAUCAUUGUCAUCCUCAUCGUCAGCUGUAGCAACAUCAACAAAUACUACUGCAACGACAACGGCGACAGGAACAACACUUUCACCACCGCUUCCAUCAUCUCAAUCAUUUAAUUAUAUCACUUCGGGUACAAUUGUUAUCCAAGAUUAUAAUAAUAAAUUUGUUGCUGGUGAAUUUCAUUUCAAUUACUUCAAAGCAUUAUUCAUUGAAUGGAAUGGUAUUUAUUUAUUGUGUGGAGAUGAAUGUUUCAAUCAGUCAGUAGAAGAGACAUUGAGUAAUAAAGAUGAGGAUGUUGUUGGAACGACUUCGAAAAUGAUUUGUUUAACUGAAAAAGAUACUCAAAUUAAAUUGGACAUGCUAUUUUCAAAAAAGAAUUUUAAUUUAGCUAUUGAGAUAGCUAAAUCUCAACAUUUUGAUGAAAAUGAAUUGGCUCACAUAUUUUGGCGUUAUGCUGAUCACCUUUAUAAACAAAAAGAUUAUGAUGCAUCUAUUCGUGAAUAUAUCAAAACAAUUGGUAAACUUGAAGCGUCAUUUGUUAUCCAGAGAUUUCUUGAAGGUAGUCACAUUAUUCAGUUAACUACCUACUUAGAAGCAUUAAAAGAACGAAACUUGUCAACAGGUGAUCAUUUAAUUUUACUCCUUAACUGUUAUUGUCGAUUGCAAGAUGUAGAUAAGAUAGAACAAUUUGUUAAAGCUCCUAUAAAUCCGAUGUUAGACAUAACAUCAGCUUUGCAUGUUUUAAAGCAAUCAAAAUAUAUUGAUGCCGCUGUUAAACUGGCUGGAAAUACUGACCGAUACAUAGACUCUAUAGGUCUUUUAAUAGAAGACUUAAAUGAUGGCAAAUCAGCACUUAAAAUGAUCAAUAAAUUGAAUUUCGAUGAAGCAUUGAAAUCUAUCAGUGAAUAUGGACAUCAGCUGAUCACUCGUUGUCCUGAAGACACAAUUAAGCUUUUGGACAAAUUAUGUGCUCAUCCGGAUGCUAGUCGAAUCAAUGUACAACACUUCUUGAAAGUGUUUGUCAAUAAUCCUAAAGGUUUAAUGCAGUUUCUUGAUCGUUACAUCAAUACGGCUUCACCUUCUAAAUUGGUUACAGGAGUUGUGGAUACAUUUUUAGAAUUAUUACUAUAUGAAGCCAAUCGAUUAGAAGCUGAUAAAUCAAUGACCAAUGAAGAGUCAGUUCAACUAUUCCAAAUGGCGAUGCAAUUAUUAUCGAAUAAUGAACUGCAUUACGAUGAAAAGAAAGCUCUAGUUAUUUGCCAUCAGCGAAAAUUUUACAAAGGUUGUAUUUAUUUAUGGGAGAAACAAAAGUUAUAUGAUCAAAUCCUUCGAUAUUACAUAUCACAAGAUAUGAAUAAAGAGAUAAUGAAUGUAUGUGAAGAUUGUGGUGAUCAAAUGCCUAAUUUAUGGCUUACUGCUUUGAUUCAUUACGCACACAAACCCGAACAUUCUGAUAUUCUUAAACGAGUCAUAGAUCAAGUGGACCGUUUAAAUCUGGCGACACCACUUGUUGUCCUACAGUUAUUGUGUGAUAGUGAUCCUGAACAUUGUUGUAAUGUUGGAACGAUACGUGAUUAUCUUUUACGCCACUUAGAAGGUGGUAGUAAUCGAAUUAACAGUAUGAAAAACGAAGUGGAUCGUCUUCGUAAGGAAACAAUGCAUAAUCGUGAAAUAGUACGUAAAUUAAACAAUCAAGUGAAAAUAUUUCAACAACAAAAAUGUCAGCUGUGUCAUCAAAGUCUGGACCCUCCAUCAAUUCAUUUUCUAUGUGAUCAUUCUUAUCAUAGGAUAUGCUUUGACAACUAUGCUUAUGGUGAUCAACAAUGCCCUCAAUGUGCACCUCAAAAUAAGAAGUUAUUGGCUGAAAUCAAUAAUACCUUGCCAAUUAAUAAAUCAUUAUCUGAAAAUGUUAAAGAAUCACCUGACCAAUUGUUAAUUCAACUGAAAACUGCAUUACAUCUGGCGAAAGAAAGAAAUCUUUCUAAAGAACAACCUCAUAAUAACAUUCCCACUACAACUUUGGCGACCGAUUUCAAUUCAUCACCAACUCAUUCUCCACUCCUAAGUAAAGCGCUAUCUAAUGUUUUAGCUCAGAGUUCUGGACUGUUAACUAAUCAAAGUAAAUCAAUCGGCAGUCAAAAUCUAAAAGAUAUAAAUCAUGAUGAUGUCUUGUCUGUAGAUAAGCAAUCCAUUGAAUCUUUGAAAGUUUCGACUUCUUAUAAGUCUCCAACAUUACCUGGAAACUUUUUGUCAAAUCGGACUACUUUGACUUCAACAAAUGCUAAAACUCCUUAUACUGCUAGUGAUUAUCACAGUUCUUCAACCAACCCUUUUGAAUUGGAAUCAUCUAUAUCUGUUGGUUAUUUCUCAUCUACUAAUCCAGCUCAAUCUGAUUUAUCUGUACAUAAACCACUAAAUCCAUUUGAUGAGCCCAGUGAUUCUCUCAAUUUUAAUAAUAAUGAUGAUGGUAAUGAAAACAUAACAUCUCAUUCAUUUAAUCGUAAAUCUGAACAUCAUGAGUCUCUAGAUCCGGGUUUCAAUGAAUCUCUGAUCGAUGAACAGCAACAACAACAAAAUCUUUCCAAGCCACGAUCGUCAAAUCCUUUUGAUUGGGAUUAAUACACGAGAUUAUGGCUUAAUUUCUGCACUAUCAUUGUUUUGAAAAGAAUUAUAGUUUCAUCGGUUUAAUUUUCUAAGUAUAUCUAUUUCAUUCACCUGUUUAACUUUUUUCAUUUCUAACCAUUAACAUUACUGCUGAUAAUCAUUCCUGUUUUCAAUUUCCUUCAGUUCUUCUAUGUGAUUUUAUUUUUUUUUCAUGAUGUUUACUUUGUAUUUCGUAAUUUUCUGACGUUUCUCUGGUAUUAAGCGUAACCAUAGUUUUAUUCCAGACUUCUCAAUAGAAAUGUUUAGAUCCAACCACUAAGUUGUAAAUUACUCCAGUAAUAUGAAUUUCUAAUCCUGUCAUGAAAAUAUAGUUGCUUACUUGUUAUUAAAAUUCCAUGAUGAUGCAAAGAGUUAUUUAAUUCUGUACUGCAAGUUUUCCCACAACUCAUACCUUCUUAACUCUAUUAUAUCGAACAAUGGUUCAGCUGUGCUAGGGCGGGCUUUCAAAAUUAAGCCUCAAAAGACUCACACAGUCAGGUCUCUGUAACUUGAUUAUCUUCCGAGUCUACAAAGUAAAAUACAUUUAAUGCUUUUGAUAAUGACAUCUUCAAUUCAUAGAGUUUAUCAAAUAAUUGUUCCGAAAGGGACAUCUAACUGACCAACAAAUGUUCGACGAGCUAUUCCAAAACAUGACCUGUGACAAAUUUUUACAAAAGCAUAAGAACCUCCAAGGAAUCGCAGCUGCUUGUAACACACGACAUACUAUGAAAAUCUCCUGAUUCGUAUUUCAACUAUUGCACAGUACUCUUGUAACUGUGUUUUGCAUUCCUUGAUCUUGCUUGUAUUAUUUGAUUUGAAUUAGGAAUUAUUUUUAAUGUCGGGGCUCCGACUGUAGGUCUUCCAGGAUUACUGCCGGCCUCAGGCUCGGGUAAAAGAGAAGGGUUGGGCAGGAGGUCAGCAUCCUCCAUCCUGUGGAAAACAAACUUGCUUAAAAACACUAACCAGAAUGAGCAACUUAAACUUUGCCCUCCGAGUUGAGGGAGGAAUUAUGACACAUGGUGAAGGCCAAAAUUUUUCGAAGGUCACGAGACCGGUACAUGGGAUGUCCGCACGAUGUGGGACGCCGAGAGGACUAACUAAAUAACUAAUAAAAUGAGGAGAUAAAACUUGGAAGGCGUUUGGCAGUGUGGAUAGGAGAAACUUCCUCAACACUAUUGUGUGAGUAGCUGAGAAAAUAGUCAGCAUCAUCCGGGAUUCAUACAACGAAUUACACUACAAAGUCGUGUAUGG